UUCAGUUGCUCAGUGUGUGCUCAAAGAUUUGUGUUUGAUUCACAUCUGAAGAGACACAUGGCAGUUCAUACAGGAGAAAAACCAUUUGCUUGCACAGUGUGUGGUAAAAGUUUUAUCGAAAAUGGAAAACUGAAGGUACACAAGAGAACUCAUACAGUGUGUGGAAAAGCUUUCAGUGAAAGCGGAAAACUGAAGUUGCACAGGAGAACUCAUACAGGAGAAAAACCAUUCAGUUGUGCAGUGUGUGGUAAAGAUUUCAGUGAGUGUGGGAAUCUAAGGAGACACAUGAGAACUCAUACAGGAGAGAAACCAUUCAGCUGCUUAGUUUGUCGCAAAUCUUUUACACACAGUGAUGGGUUUUACACACACAUGAAAACUCACAAAAGAGACAACAGCUUCAGCUGCAGUGUUUGUGACCAAAGAUUCACUUUGUAUGAACGUCUCAGAGACCAUCAGUGUGUCGGUGGUCAGUCCUCACAGCUUCAUCAGACUCAAACUGAGGAGAACAGAGAGGCAGAGCCUCCAGCCAGCAGCUCAACUCAACACAUGGAAACAGAAGCUGAUGGAGAGGACUGUGGAGGACCAGAACCAGCCAGGAACUCACACCCAGAUACUGAAGAAAAGACCAAAGUCUCUUCUGAACUUGUCUGA